CGCUACCCGCAUGAGGCCGUGAGUGUUGAUUUUUCCUAUUGAUUGGUCCGUCUUAUUGUGAUAAUGUCAAUGUGCAAAAAUAGACCAAUCACAAAUGGUCUUACUCGGACGGUUAUAUCACGACCUUGCCGAUGUCGUCCACGCAUAUACACACGUACAUAUGUACAUCGUACAAUGUACGUCAUGUACAUGUACACUACAUUCAUGCUUCAUAGUGGCGCGUUUAGGGAGGAAAAAACCGCGGGUUCAUGACGUUCGCGACCGGACUUGGCUUGGAUUUACUGAUUUGAAAAGACAGGAAGCAGACCCACAUGAACGGUUAUGGAAAUAGCAUUAGCACCUUUAAAGAAGAUUUUCUUUUUCAACGGCAAUGACACUUUACUAUAAUGACAGGUAAUUUAUCUGAUAAGGAAUUGAUAAUGUGGUCAACAUCUGAAAUGAGUAGGAAUCCCAUCGACACCGCUGUCCAGUUCAGGUGAUGGCGGCAUACCAUUUGGAUGUGGCAAAAAGGAUUCUUAUAGUGAGUGUAAAAUGGCAUCCCCCAUUAUGCCAAGCAUAGAUACUACCUCAGAAAGCAAAAUCUCCCAUCGCCGGACGUGUGGAGGGGGCAUGACCUUCACUAGUGAUCGCCAUGCAAACAACGCGUUCGCCGUGCUGAACGAGCUGCGACAGAAGAAGGACCUUUGCGAUGUGACGCUGGUGGUGGAAACGGUCAAGUUCCAUGUGCACAAAGUUGUGUUGGCCUCCUGUAGCCCUUACUUCAAGGCCAUGUUCACGGGGGGCUUUCAUGAAUGUUCGAAGCGCAAGAUUGAGCUGAAGGACGUCCACCCCUGCGUGUUCUCCUCCAUCAUUGACUUCAUGUAUACCUCGGAAAUCACCAUCAACGAGCACAACGUGUUGACCAUAUUGCCCAAAGCCGUCAUGUACCAGAUCAAGGAUGUGAUUGAGUGCUGCUGUACAUUUCUCCAAGAGGAGCUGGACCCAAGCAACUGUAUCGGGAUAUCUGUGUAUGCCCAGCAGCACGGGCUGACGUCGCUGUAUCAGGUGGCACGCGAGUUCAUCUGUCGCAAAUUCUGCGAGGUGUCCAAGACGGAGGAAUUCAUGAACCUGUCCUUGAUGCAGCUGGUGGCGUUGAUCAAGCACGACAAGCUGAACGUGUGGUGUGAGUCUCAGGUCUACAACGCGUGCCUGCGCUGGGUGCAGCACAGCGAGGCCGAGCGGCGGCCGUGCUUUGAGAAACUCCUGGGGUGCGGUGGCAUCCGCUGCGAGCACCUGACGCCCACCUUCCUCAAGAAGCAGCUGGACAAGUGCGAAAUCCUGAAAGGGGAGCCGCGGUGCAAGGACUUCCUUUCCAAGAUCUUCCAGGAGCUGCGGUUGCACAAAAUCUGCAAGACUCCAAAACGAAACCCCAUCUCGGCCUGUGUCAUCUACACGGCGGGCGGUUACCUCCGCCAGUCCCUGGUCAACAUGGAAUGUUACAACCCUGAGGACGAUGCCUGGCACAAACUGGCCGAUCUGAUUGAGCCUCGGAGUGGGCUGAGUGCUGCCACUAUUGCAGGGAUAUUCUACGCCGUCGGGGGACGCAACAACACCACCGAAGUGAACACAGACUCAAACAGGCUGGAUGCCUACAACCCCUUGAAAAAUCAGUGGAAAACCCUGGCAUCAAUGAACGUGCCUCGGAACAGAGUAGGCACAGCAGUGCUAGAUGGACUGCUGUAUGCCGUAGGUGGGUCAGAGGCCUGCACAAAACACAACUCAGCUGAAAGGUAUAACCCAGAUGAAGACAAGUGGACGAUGAUAGCUCCAAUGCACACAAAGCGCAUCGGCGUGGGUUGCGCGGUGGUCAACAGACUGCUGUAUGCGGUGGGCGGCUACGACGGCAAUAAUCGGCUGGACAGCGUGGAGUGUUACCACCCGGAGAAUGACGAGUGGACCACCGUAGCACCCAUGAAAGCUCGCCGGAGCGGAGCAGGGGUGUGCAGUGUUGGUAACUACAUCUAUGCAGUGGGCGGCUACGACGGCGUGAGCCAGCUCAACAGCGUGGAACGCUACGACGUGGAGAAGAACAAGUGGGAGUUUGUGUCUUCCAUGAACUCACGGCGGAGCGCCCUCAGUGUGGACGUGGUAGGCGGCAAACUCUACGCAUUAGGUGGCUACGAUGGUCAGGACUUCUUAGCAUCCGUAGAGUGCUACGACCCGGACACCAACCAGUGGGCGGUGGUCACCAACAUGAGCAGUGGGCGGAGCGGGGCAGGAGUAGCCGUGGGUAUGGAACCCUGCUCCACCUGUGGCAACAACAACAACCCCUGUCAGAACCUGACCUCGGCCAGCUGAGCCUCCCCCCUUCUCCAAAGCCGACAACAGUCGGGUGCCUGAUGCGCUUUGCUUGGCAAGCUACUUACGCCUUUUGAUGGGAUCGGUCGGCGGCUGUGCUGGAGUCUCAGAGCAGCACCUGGUCACUCCUGGUUUGAUUCCCACCUGUACAUAAACAUCAAAUUGUUUUGCUGGUCCUGGGAGUUCACUCCCUAAGUUUACCCCUCCAUGCCCCCCACCCCUUGGGACAGUGUUUUGAAGCCUCAAGAUGACUCUAAAGUGAAAGCUGGACAAAGUUGGGUCGGCUGGAAAGUUACAGUGAAGGAACAACAUUCCCCCC